AUGGCACUCCAUGCCACCUUGUUGACGACCACUGCGGUGGGCGUUGGCACUCUUUUUUUCUACAUUGGCGCUUGCAUCAUCUACAACUUGUUCUUUCACCCGCUCCGACACUACCCUGGCCCGCUCCUCAUGAGAGCAACGCGAUGGGGGUACUGCUACAAGCUCAUCAACGGCACUCUCCCUUUCGACCUCUUGGAGCUUCACAAGAAAUACGGGGAUGUGGUCCGCAUCGCCCCAGACGAGCUGGCGUUCUGGAACGCACGGGCCUGGAAGGAGAUCAUGGGCCAUCGGACGCAGGGGGCGCCCGAGUUCAAGAAGUUCGCUCGAUUCUACCGACCGGUCCCGGACCAGGCGACAAACAUCAUCAACUCCGAGGGGUCGGAACACUCACGGCUCCGUCGGCAGAUGGCCCACGGGUUUAGCGACCGUGGCCUGCGGGAGCAGCAGCCGCUGAUCAUGAAGUACGUCGAUCUUUUCAUCCAGCGCCUGCACGAGAACAGCACGAAGACGGACCCCAUCGACAUCAUGGCUUGGUACAACUUUACGACGUUUGACAUCAUUGGAGACCUUGCCUUUGGGGAGCCCUUCGACUGCCUGGAGAACUCCGAAUACCACCCAUGGGUCAAGAACAUCUUCGAGUCGGCUCGGCUCGGCAGCAUCUUGCAGACAGCCAACCACUUUCAACCCCUGAGGAAGUUGAUCACCAAGGCGCUGGCCACGAAGUCGCUGCAGGAGGCCCGAGAAAGAAACAUGGGCAGAGCAAAGGAGAAGUUGCAAAGACGCAUGGAUGUGGGGAAAGACGGCGGCAGGCCCGAUCUCAUUGAAGGCCUGUUGAAGAAGAAGGAGGAGCUGGGUCUUUCGUUUGACGAGCUUGCGUCGAACAGCAACAUCCUCAUUAUCGCAGGGUCUGAGACGACCGCCACGCUACUGACUGGCCUGACAUACCACCUCUUAUGUAACCCGCAAUGUCUUGCCAAACUGACCAACGAAGUUCGAUCAUCCUUCCAGAAGGAGGAAGACAUCGACAUGCUCUCGGUCGGCAGGUUGACUUACAUGCUGGCUUGUAUAGAAGAGGCGCUGAGAGUCUAUCCACCCGUGCCGCUGGGUCUUCCCCGAGUGGCCCCGCCUGGUGGGGCAACCGUCAGCGGGAAGUUCGUCCCCGAGAAUACUAUUGUGGCCAUUCACCAGUGGUCCGUCAACCAUAACGAACAAAACUUCAAGAGGCCUUUUGAGUUUCACCCCGAAAGGUUCCUGGGCGACGAGGAGUUCUCCACCGACAACAAAGAAGCAUUACAGCCCUUCCAUGUUGGUCCCCGGAACUGUGUGGGGCGAAAUUUGUCCUACUCGGAGAUGAAGCUUAUUCUCGCCCGGCUCAUCUGGAACUUUGACAUGGAGCUUGCCGCAGAGAGCCGGAACUGGGCGGAAAAGCAGAAGAUCUUCAUCCUGUGGGACAAAGGUCCGCUGCGAGUACGCCUGACGCCGGUGAUUCGCACCACGAGCUGA